AAUAUAAAGAGGAUGGCAAUUUUUACAUCAAGCACAAGAAAUACAGAAUGGCCAUCUACAGCUACACGGAAGGACUGAAUAAGAAAUUCAACAACGACGAACUGAGAUCGACUCUGUACAACAAUCGUAGUGCAGCUCAUUUUUUCAUCAAAAAUUACAGAUCAUCGAUUGGAGACGCUGGCAAAGCGUUAGCCAUCAAUCCACAAUAUUUAAAGGCCCAUAUUCGCAUGGCUCAGUGUUACAGUCUGUUGGGGAAGUACGAUGAUUGCAUUAGGGUAUGCGACGAAAUUCUACAUUCCAUUCCGACAUACCAAUCGGCUAUAGAAUUGCGUAAGGCCAGUCAACAGAGUAAAAUCAAUCAAGCGAGAGACCAACGGAAAUUGAACGCAACGAAUAGGAAGAAAGAAGAAACGUUGAACCGAACGUUGCUGGAAUUGGAAAAUCGAAAAAUUAAAUUCGAAGACCGAAAAUACAAUGCACCGAUUACGGACAGUCUAAUUCAACCGAAAUUGGGUCCGUUGGAAGACUUUCCCGUAUCGAUUGAUGAACACGGACUGUUGACUUGGCCGGUUAGUUUCUGCUAUCCAGAAUUUUUGUUCAGCGAUUUUCAGCAACAAGUCAGCGAAGAUGUGACAAUGAUUGAUGCCUUAUCACACCUGUUUGCUGAACCACUGGAAUGCGAUAGGCAACAGAGAUAUAGGUUCGAUUCGUGCAAUGUCUACUAUGAAAAUCGAAUAGCCGCGUCUGUGCACAAGGUCAAUUUAUCGCAGACAAUUAGGCAAAUCGUUUCCGAGAAAGGAUUUCUUGUGAGCGGUGGAUGUUUGAUAUUUUAUGUGGUACCGAAAGAUUCAACCGUAGAGACGGAAUAUGUUAACAAGAAACGGAAUCCACUUGUGAAACCGUUAUAAUGCGAAACGAAAUUAAAAAUUCAAUGAUGAAACGAAGAGAAA